CGUCGUAUGCGGCAAUAUGCGACAGAACAACACCAUAGCUCUAUUCCCUCAUUGCUUCAUUGUCUGACUUCCAACUGUGACUUACACCCCCUCCAGUUUAUUACCCACUACUUAAAGCACCAACAACGACGUCUACACAAAUUACGCACCAAAGAUGUCGGAAAAUGCUACCGAGGUUGUGUACAUACCCAUGAAGUCCGGCCUCGAUCUCUCAUCCGGCGAAGCAAAAGUAACGUGGGAGUCAACUCUGAGUACCAUUGCCAAACAGCCCGGUGUCAAAGCAUUACACUGGGGCCGACAAAUAGAGAAUCCAGAUACCGUGCAAAUGGCAGUAGAAUGGGAAUCCAUCGAGGACCAUAGGACAUUCGAAAACACCCCAGGGUACCAGCCAUUCCUGGCAACUAUCAUGGAAAAGCUUGCAUCUGGCGGCCCAACAGUCUUUCACGUCAAGUUUCCCACUUCGCACUCUGGAAGCGAGAACCCAUUCACCAUGCCCAUAACUGAGUGCAUAAACGCAUUCUUCACCUCAGAUUACUCGCAAGAGGAGUACAGCUCCCAGUUCUCUACUUUCCGCAACAUGGCAACCGAGAUACCGAAUGUUGAGGCCAGAGGAGUGAUUGGUGGAUGGAGCGUUGAACCGCAUCAACACGAGAGUUUGGGUGAGGGUGUUGAUGGAAAGUUGUUCGCGGCAUUUAUCGGAUGGCCGAGUGUAGAUGCGCACAUGGAAUUCCGCAAGACUGAGGACUUUGGGAACCUUAUUCCGUUCCUGAGGGGUGGGCCGAAGGGGAUGAAGGUUUGGCAUAUUGCGUUCCAACAGUACAAGUAGGAUUGAUGCAAAGUUGUAAUGAGCGAUGGAAAGGAGUCCGUAUUAGUGUUGAGAUAUCCGGGUGUGACUGAUACUUAGUUCAAUUCCGACCUCAGCAUAGACAUCUCUGAACACUUUCUAUGCUGUUGUCAAGAAAUCGGGUGACGAAUAUUGCUAAAACAAGACGCACUUUCCCAAUGCUU